AUGACGACAGGCUUUCUUCGUGAGGCGGCGCUCUCCGUCGGGGUGUGGUCGGCGGGCGAUUUCUUCGCGCAGUUCUACAGUGCCCACCGGUCUGCCAUGCAGCGGCGCCGCGCGGCAGGUGGGCCACUCAAGCUAGAAAGUCACUCCUCGGCGGAGAUGAUGGCCAUGUUGGACCAGCCCCGCCUGGGCCUCUCCGCGGUGUUCGGCCUGUUAAUAUCCCCCCUUGUCGUGCAGCAGCGCAGGUUGUGCGCCCGCGUUUUUGGCAAGGCAGAGAAGAAAAUGCUUGCGUCAUUUAUGGCGCUGGCGGCCCAGCAACUUUUUAUGACUCCACUGACGCUGCUGCUUUACCACAACGCCAUGACGGCCUACCGUGAAGGGUUUACCGACCCAAGCUUUCUCCGCGCGCAUGAAACAGGUGCGGCCACGGGCGUCCGCUGCGACGCCAUGUCGGUGGAGCGGCGCAUUUUGGCAGAUGUACUGCCCUCGACGCUUCUGGCCUCGUGGCUUGUUUACUUGCCACUGGCUCUGCUUGGAUAUGUCUCGGCGAAGAACGCACGUGGGGUGUGCGCUGCCGCCUGCCUCAUUCCUUGGACUGCCUACGUUUCAUAUACGCAGUCAGAGCUACUGCUGUGA